CCAUUGCCUACACAAGCUAAUGAGCAAGAAAGAUGGACAUCUGACACUGCUUGUAGAUGUUGUGAAGGUACUCCUGGACCAUGAUCAAUCCCUUGGGAAAAUGUUUGGCCAAUCAAAAUGUGACUCCUCUGAUAACUGAGGCGAUUAGAGGCCACCAUGAUGUAGCGAACCUUCUGCUGGAGCAAGAUUCUGGAUUGCUUAAACUAUGAAAGGCAAACGGAACAACAAUUUUUAUUUUCCUGGUACAGGGAAUCUCCAGGCACGACAAAGUAUGUAUUUACAUCAGAAAAAUUCCUUAGCUUUUGCAGAAACAUGAUUUUGGUUUAAUUAUUUAUUAGCACUACCCCAGUUACAUUGGAUUUGUAUGCACACUUCUCAAAGUAAGGUAGCAUGGUCCAUUUUUGUAGGGUCGUAUUUGGUAACCGUAACUUACCACAAUACCAAUUCUAAGUUUAUUGUUUAAUUCAACAUUUCUAUUAGCAAUUAGUUUUGCUUAUUUCACCUCACUGCAUUAAACUCCACCAGUUUGAAUUUCUUAAUUCUACAGACCCUACUUAUGACAUUGUGUGUUCCUCCACUUCUGGCCUCCUCCAUUACCAGUGACUAACACUACGAUACAUAUGCAAAUAAUGUAAGUUCGCAAGCUGCAAUCCAAAUUAUAGUCAUGGUGAGAACUGAGAACUGUAUUCCUUCUAAUUUGGGGAAAAGGUAGUUCGUCAAUUUGCUUAAAAUUUACAAGAACUGAGUAGUUGUCACCCGCUUGCAUAAAAUAGACAGUCUAAUUUACGAUAUGCAUCAGUUUUUUGUCAUGCAUUUUAAUUUGGUUAGAAAAUUCGCAUGUAGUUCUAAAUUAACUCAUUCUGGGAGCUAGCCAAUGGAUAUUUCCUUUGGCGACUGUCAGUUUUAAUUUGAGCAAUAUUCAACCGACCCAUCUUUUGCAACGGUAGACACGAAUGACUUUCCAGCAGUUACUUCAACCCCCAAGAAUAUAAAUGCAGUGUUAGACGGGUCUAGCGCCGAUAAAUCUGAGGAGAUUAGUAUGGAUAGUCUGAACACACGUAUUAAAAAAGCGAAAGAAAGUGGCACUAAGGAGAAUGAUGGGAAUGCGAAAGAAAGUGGCACUAAGGAGAAUGAUGGGAAUGCGAAAGAAAGUGGCACUAAGGAGAAUGAUGGGAAACGCAAGAGAAAAAAGUCAAAGUACGUUCUUUCACCCUUCCAGCAGAUCGGUGGACGUAAACGUCCAAAGAAAAGUUUGUUUGGUAUAAGAGACGUUCUGAUUAAUACCGAUUACAUUACUGAGGAUCACAUAGAGGCCGCGAAGGUUUAUAUCAAGACACUAUCAGACUCGGCGAAGCUUAGUAGGAAAACUGUCGUGCACAUGACAGGAAUUGCUGGGGAAACAUGUACACCUGAUAUGCUUCAAGCCAUCAUUGCGAAAAAAUGGUUGCAUGGUGCUGUCAUCAAUAGUUAUUGCAACCAUAUGCAGACCCAUAAUCCUCGUCCUGACCGUCACAUUUUAUCAUCUUGGGUGUCACACUGGCUUAUUCUUCGUGCUGAAGGAAAGGUUAAGAACUCUAAGCACCAUUUUAUGGAGCAUUUCACAAACCAAACUAAAAUGGUGUCUAGAGUUAAUGAGGAGUAUUUCAUUAGAGAUAAGGCAUACUUUCCUUUUCAUGUGGAAGAAAAACACUGGAUAACAUUUCUCAUGCACAACAAGAAAAAAGAGUUUCAAGUUUUAAAUUCUACUGGUAAAUGCAGCAAGGCAGUUCUUAAAAAAAUAAGGCAGCUGAGGGCAGAAAUAGCUAAAGAUACGUUGGAGGUGAACUCCCUUGUACAACUGGAACAUCCAGACGUAUCUUCGUGGCCAAUAAAUGAGUACGAUAUGCCGUUACAAAAGGAUGGAGUUUCUUGUGGUCUGUUUGUGGUGAAAUGCAUUCAAAACUGGAACGGAGAUGAAUGGAUAUUUGACUUUGAUCAACCUGAGGUCAAUGCUUCAAGGGGACGCAUUCUAGCUGAAAUACUUUUUUCAGAGUGCAACACGAUGGAAACUGUGAAAGAGAAGAUUUUGAAGAUCAUGGACAAGAAUUAG